AUGAGCAUUCAGAACUAGAACUAAAAUUCAUAAAAUCAAUAAAUAGGAGGCUUUGACAUCUUGAGAUUAUGCCAGCCUAGCAUGGAACAUCUGAAUGAUGACUUUAUUUGUGGAAUUUGUGAAAAAUAGCAAAAGAGGAAUAAUUAGUCAUCUUAUGAAAAGCAAUGUAAAUCAUGCCAUAAUAACAAUGGAAAUUAUAAAUAACCAUAGCAAGAGUCAAUGAAGAUAUUACAUAACUAUUAAAUCUCUUGCUCAAAUUGCCAGAAACCAUUCCCUAUCCAAGAAAUACUUAUUCACGAGGGGGUUUGUAAGAAAUAAAAAUGCUCUAAUGAGCUAUGUGGCUUGUCUCUUGAAGGAAUGCCUGAUACAGUUAGUUUUACAAUUAAUGGAGAGGAAAAGAUAUCUUGCAGCAAGAAAUGUAAGAAAGUAACCAAAUUUGGUUACAUAUUGAAGAAGAGCACAGAAACAGAAGUUCUAAGAGCCUUCGAAACUAUGCUGAGAAAGAAGAUUUCCAAAAAGUAAAAGUAGCAAUAGUAGUAAAACUUGUCUAUAUCAAAUGCUGCCGGAUAGAUAUUUUAGUAUCAGACAAUAGCCCAUCAAAGAGGGGUAACUCAAAGGAAUGAGUCUCUUGACUAGCCACUCAGUGGAAAUUAAAAGAGAUAAGGGUUUGCAACUCAGAGAAAAGCAAAAUCUGAUGUUGAGGAAAACAAGGACUAGAGUAGGUUAAAUAUUCCAAUGUUUGGGUUCUUAAGCGAGUUCCAUGACUUCUGCUGGGAUGUAGAUAACUCCUCAAAAGAGGUUGUUUUUUCUUAAGACUAUAGACAUGCCUUCUUGUGUGAAUCAAAUUAUUAUUUCAGAACUAUAAUCUCAAACAGACCUUUCUCUGACGGUGUACAUUAUUGGGAGAUAAUUGCUGAUUCUAGAACAGAACAUGAGUUAAAAGUUGGCAUUACUACCUAAUAAACAUUCAAUGUGAACUCAUCGUUCUCAGAUUAUGAAUUCGGAUUCGCCUACUAUGGACUAGGACAACUAAGACAUGGCUCAAAUGCAGUUGGAGAGCCAUAUGGUAAACAAUUCAAAAAGAAAGGAAUUCUUGGAGUGUGCCUCAAUAUGAUAAAUGGUUCUCUUUCAUUUGCUUUAGAUGGUGAAUACAUGGGCAUGGCCUUUGAGGAUCCAUCUUUAAAGAAGGGUCCAAUUUAUGCUGCUAUAUCUUUGUUACACAUAGCAGGAUGCACCUUGAUUUCUGAUCCAGCUGAGACAAGCCAGUAGCUACAGUCUUCCCAUUAAUCAUCUUCUCUUGCUGUUGAAAUAACCUAGAACUAAUUAUCUGCUGGUAGCGUUUAGCAAUCUCCUUUGAUUGGGAAUCUAGGUAACUAAAUGAAAACCUAGAGUUCCUUUGGGCUAAAUAAGAAAUCAUAAGACGGUGCUUUUAUCAAUAAAUUUUAUGAUAAAACUUUCGCCUAAGCCUUCGAGGGUCAUAUAUAAUACGAGAUUCAUAAUAAAAAGCUUCAGGAUGUCAAGGAAGAAAUUAAAAAGUUGAAAUAGACUAAAAAGGAGGAAAAUAAUACUAGAAUUUCGCAGAUAGAAAAGGUCAAGUUGAUCAAGAAUCAAAGCCACUCUUUCAGAUAAAAUGAAAGGGUCAAUGAGAUUCUCAAGCAUAAUCAAUUGCUAUUGGAAAAACUCUAUGACAUCUAGAUUUAAAAGUUAAAAUAAUCGCCAACUAAUGCAGAGGAGAAAAAUGCAAAGAAAAAUAGCUUACAUUAUAACUUCAAAAAGCAAUAGGCUGAAUAGAUUGAUUAGGAAAAUCUACGAAUUAUGUACAAGAUAGUUAACAUUGAGUCUUCUAUCCGUAAAAAGAAAAUGGACGACUAAUAUAAGGAAUAUAGAAAAUUGAAGAAAAAUUUGAGCAAGCUUCCAUAGUAUGAUAUUGAUAAAUUGGUGGAGAACACCAAGAAAACUUUCCAACAUGUAGAAAGUAAAACGUCCAAUUUUUUGCCAGCGAUAGUAGUAAAACAUUAAAGAUCACAGAGUACAGUUGAAAAGAAAAAAAGAGAUGAUAAGGAUAUAGAAGUAAAGUCUAAGAAAUUUAAGCUUUCUUAAAAACCUUCUCCAACACACUCUCAAUCUCCAGAAGAAGCGCUGGAUGAAGAUGACAAUAACUUUGAGUUCCAGAAAGAGAUUGUAGAUAAAGUUCUAGCAGAGAAAAGAAUUAAGAAAACUUAAAAGCAGAAUAAAAAACUCUUAAAUACUCAUGAAACGAACCAAUAAAAGUAAAAGGAGGGAUCUAAAUCUCCUGCAAGGUAAAAGAAAAAGAAGAACAAAUCUAAGGUGUUUAUGAUUCAUUAGAAGAGCCUCGAGAUAUUCUAAGAAAUAGACUCUGACAAGGAUAAAAAAUCAAAUAAUGAGACUCUAAACAACACUUAAUUGGAUGAUUUAUAAGAAAACUCUCAAACUCUUUCUCAGCAAUAAUAAGAGCUUUAAUAGCAUUAAGAGCAAUCAGAAUAAAAAGAUUGA